CUUUUUUAAUAUUUUUAUAACGGUAUUUGUAAACAAAUAAUUGUAUCACUCGUUGUGCAUAUAUUUGGUGUUAUUAUUAUUUCGAUGGUUUUUUCUUUCUUUGUUUUUUUUUUUCUUUUUAAUUACACGUGUGCAUAGUACCAUCGAUAAAAGUGCAUUUACUUUUUUUAUCUAAACUUUUUUCGCGUAAUUAUUUUUAUAUGAUACUCGUUAUGUAUUAUUAUAAAUCUAGAUAAUGUCAUUUUAUUUGAUUUAAUUUUAUUAAAUAAUAUAAUAGUUACGUUGUGCCCAUAAGCUUGUGGCUGGACAAAUUUUUCCCGCGCAUACCUUAUUAAUUCCGCGGCAAAUAAUACACGUUGUACAGUUAUACUGAUGUAACCUAAUGCUUCUGAAAAAUCUACUGUAUUAUUGUGUUGCAAGAUUAGAAUAGUUAUAUUAAUUAUUAUCAAAUGGAAUUGUUGCAAGAUCCUGUUUUUAAAUCUAGAUAUCAAAAAUAUAAACGUCGUGUAAAAUUAUGGGAAAGUAAUUUUAUGGAAAAAUAUGGACGUAAACCAACCAAGCACGAUAUCAAAGAGGCUGAUGUUACAAUCAAAGAAGCAUAUAAAAUGUAUUAUAAAUUGAAAACCGAAGCAUUGGAAGAAACCCUUUUAGAUAUUACAUUUAAUGAAGAAUUACAAACAAAUAUUUCUGUUGAAUCUUCUCAACAACAAACUCCAGGAAAAACAGAAGAUAAAACAUUAAUGAAUUCUGUUGAAAAGGAUAGCGAAAAUAUAGAUCCAACAACUACCUCAUUGAUAGAUGAGCCUGAAAUAAAAAAUCUUAAGGAUGUAUGGAACAGCAAUGUUUGUAAGAAUGCAGAUCCCAUGGUUAAAAAGAAAGAAUAUUUAACAGUUAAUAAAUCUUCUACGUUUCAACUGUCUAGAAACAAAUUUACCUAUUCUAGUUUAAAGAAAAGAAAUCCUCGCAAAUCUUUAUCUCAGACAAAAGUUAAAAACAAUGAUAAGAAUGAUGAAACUCAUAACGAAUCAGAGGUGAAAGUAGAUUUAGUUGAGGAAGAUACGAAUAAAGAGACCAAGACUAUUUUUGAUGAUUCCUUUAAAAUAGUUAACACGGAACCUAAAGUCAAUAGUCAAUCUUUAAAUACCAUUCAUCAAUUGAUACAGAAUCCAAUACUUUCUGUUAAUCGAAAUAUAAAUCAAGGUUGGCUGAAUAGAUGCACGCAAGAGGAGAAUUUAAAUCCUAAUACUACUUUGCAAAGAUUUUCUAAUUUCAGUGACUCUGGUACAGAAUCAAUGGAAUCUAAUUCUCCAAAAGAUACGAAGAAACCAUCCGAUGAUAAAUCAUUACAAAUAUCAGACGAAGAAGAUUUUAUAUGUACUAGUGAUACUGAAGAAGAUAGUAAAGGAUAUAAACGUAUUAGAAAUUCUAACAAAAGAGAGAAUGAAUGUAAUCGUGUAAUUAAACGGCCUUGCCUAGAAACUACUAAUGUUUUAUCUAAUAAUAGUUCUUUGAAAAUUAAUAACAAUGAAGCAAAUGUAUUAACAGUUAAUAAUACUGAAAUAAAUAAUGUUUCUAAUGAAUCGACUCUACAAAGUGUCAACGAUAAUCUAGACAAAGAAAAAGAAAUUGUAGAAACAUAUGAUACACCAAAGAAUGAUACAAAUGAUUUUGAUACAGAUAAUUCUGCUAAUAAAGAUAUAUCUCCAAAAGAGAAAAAAGUUAAAAAAACGAGAGGAAGAAAACCUGGAACUAAGAAUAAAAACAAUACAACUAGACAGAAAAAAUCAAAUGUAACAAGGCCCACUAGACGUAGAAUUAAAGAAGUUGAGGAAAAUGAAGAAAGCAUUAAAGAUUCAGUUAUGGAAGAUACUGAUAAUAAUCAAAUAUUUGGAAUAGAAACUUUAGAAGCAGUGCCACGCAUUGCAAUUUGUUCAUCUGGUACUGGAGAUUUAAUCACUGAUUUUUCCAAUUCAGUUUCAUUAUUAGAUUCUGCUGAAUCUACUAGUUCUAGUUCUGUUACCACUGAUUUCAAAGGACAAAAAAGUAAUAAAGAAAAAUUAGAAGAAAAGAUUGCAAGUGGUAAAUUGAAUGAUAAUUUUGUUAGAAUAAAUUUGAAGAAAAAAAUCUUCGUACGCGGCAAGAAAUCAUUUAAUUUUUCCAAAUAUAAGAAAAAUCAAUGGAAACAAAAGAAGAAGGCAUUAGGAUCGAGCGAGGAUAAUCUUGAUGUAAUUGAUUUCAUAGAGAAGAAUGGUAUGUCCUGUUUUAAAUGUGGUGAAACUGGACACUUUGCUCGUUAUUGUACAGCAAUGAAAACAGAUAAUUUAUUACCUUUGGUUGAAACCGAUGAGCUUGCCGAGUAUCCAAGUUUAGAAGAAGCUGAAAAAAUGGCAAAGCAAAAUGCCCUUGUUGCGCACAGCAAACAACUUAGUAAACUUCCUGAAAAACCAUUGCAUACCUAUCAAGAGGAGAUGGUAUUAACAUUAGAUGACGAGGAAUACAUUUUGGAUGAAGCUGAUUUUGCAGAUAUUAUGGAAGAAGAAGAAAAAGAAGAAAUGGAGGUAGAGAUGGAAAAAGAAAAUGAGGAAGAACAGGAAAUUCCAGUAGUCCAUAAAAUUCCUGAUGAAUUGAUAGCCAAAUUAUGCCUCCCUGAAAUAAAAGUAUUAACAGCAUUAUAUCCCUUGAAAGAAGAUGGAUCUCUCAUCGAUACACCAAAAGAAAUAUUCGAAGUUUUGGAAAUGUUUGGCCAUAAGAACUUUAGACCAGGACAAGAAAAAGCAAUAAUGAGAAUAUUGUCUGGUCAAUCAACGUUGCUUACUUUGUCAACUGGUUCUGGAAAAUCUUUAUGUUAUCAAUUACCGGCAUAUUUAUAUUCUAAAUAUUCAACCUGCAUAACAUUAGUUAUCUCGCCAUUAGUUUCAUUAAUGGACGACCAAGUAACUAGCAUGGCAUCAUUUUUAUCCGCAGCUUGUUUGCAUACUAAUCAAACUCCUAAAGUAAGAGAUAAUGUAAUGCAACUUGUAAAACAAUCGAAAAUCCAAAUAUUACUUGUCUCACCUGAAGCAAUAGUGGCUGGUGAGAAAUCAACUGGAUUUGGUGCUUUACUUAGACAACUGCCACCGAUAGCUUUUGCUUGUAUAGAUGAAGCUCAUUGCAUAUCUCAAUGGUCUCAUAAUUUCCGUCCAUCGUAUCUAAUGGUUUGUCGUGUUCUAAAAGAAAAAUUUGGUGUUAAAACAGUAUUGAGUUUAACUGCAACUGCUACUAGAUCUACUGCUGAAAGUAUAGUUCAUCAUCUGGAUAUUCCUGAUGGAAUGGCAGGUGUUAUAUCUGAUGUACCAUUACCAAACAAUUUGUUCUUAAGUGUAUCAAAAGAUGAACAAAGAGAUAAUGCUUUAGUUAAGCUUUUGUUAAGCGACAGAUUUAAGGAAUGCAAUUCUAUUAUUAUUUAUUGUACACGUAGAGAAGAAUGUGUACGAAUCUCAGGUGUUUUAAGAGUUUCCCUUCAAAAUCCACAAGAUAUUACAAAAACAAAUAGUAAAAUAUCACAUAUAGCAGAGGCAUAUCAUGCAGGAUUAUCCAGUUAUCGUCGUAAAACUGUACAAGAAUCUUUUAUGAGUGGAAAAACUAGAAUUGUGGUAGCAACUGUGGCAUUUGGAAUGGGCAUUAAUAAAUCAGAUAUUCGUUCUGUAAUACAUUACAAUAUGCCAGCAACGUUUGAAGGAUAUGUACAAGAAGUAGGAAGAGCUGGUCGAGAUGGAUUGCCAGCACAAUGUCAUUUAUUCAUAAGUUCUCAGGAAAACAGUGACAAAUGGGAAUUAAGAAGACACAUAUUUGCCAACAGUAUUGAUAGGCAUACAAUCAGACGUUUGCUUGCUAAAGUUUUUAUACCUUGUUCGUGUGCACAAAUGAAUAAAAAUGCGCCCGAUAAAAAAUGUUCUGGUCAUGAAGUUGCUCUACCUAUCGAUGAAAUUGUUAGAUUACUUGACAUUACUGAAGAAACGAUUUUAACUCUUUUAUGUUAUUUAGAACUGUAUCAUAAGAAAUUUUUAACAGUUCUUUCUUCCGCUUAUACCAAGGCUAAAGUUAGUAGUUACAAUGGUCCGCAGGCACUUAGAUUAGCCGCACAAUCGUGUCCACCUCUUGCCAUGGCAAUUGCAUUGGACUUAAAAAAAGGUAUUUCUCAUGAAAAAAGUACCGUCAUAGAAUUCCCUGUUGUGGAUGUUGCUUCUAUUAUUGGCUGGGAUAGCGGAGUGGUUAAAAAACAUCUGAAAGAUUUAGAAUGGAAAACAGUUGAAGGGAGACCAAAGCGUUCUGCUAUAUCAGUUCAUUAUAACACACUAGGUUUAAGAGUUAAAGCUCGUGGUGAUUUAACCGAAGCUGAAUUAGAUGAAGCUUUAGAUGUAUUGGUAUCUAGAACACAAUCAAGAGAAAUUUCUUCUUUGCAACAAUUAGAAGCUGUUAGUAUAGCUUUUCAAAAGUAUAGCGCAUCGACAAUUAAUGAAUGCUUGAUUGCAUCUGAGAAUAUUGUAAAUAUGUCAGAAGGACUGAAAAAUACUAUACGAAAUUAUUUCCAAUCGGAUCAUUUAAAUGAUACUACUUGUAGAACACAAGUUAAAUUAUUGAAUGAAGCACAAAUAGCUAGCGAUGUACGUAGUUUGAUACUGAGUUACAAGGAUAGCAGUUUUACUGGUCGUGCAGUGGCACGAAUUUUUCAUGGCAUACAAAGCCCUAAUUAUCCUGCAGUUCUUUGGAGUAAAUGCAAAUUCUGGAGAUCAUAUAUUUCGUCUGACUUUAAUGCAAUUUGUCAAAUAGCAACUAAAGAGAUUUUAGCAUUACGUUAGCGUUGAUAAUAUUUCAUGUCUUAAAUUGACUGAGUAAAUUAAUUUUAUAUAUUCAUAUAUGUAAAAUAAUAUUACUUUUACAGAGAAUUAUUUUUAAGUAAUAUAUCUUACACAAAAAUGUACAUUGACAAUUUAAGGUUGUCUAUUCAUUAGGAAUAAGAUUAUUACUGUAUAGAAGAAGAAUAUAAUAUUUUUUACCUUUGUUUUUAUACCAUGAUAUUAUGAAAUAUAAGUUGUAAUAAAAA